AUGUUGCUCGUCCGGAAGACACUCGCCGUCCUGCUGGCGGUCGCCCUCCUUGUCGUCUGCGCGAAGGCGGAGAUUGUCGAGCUCAACCCGGCGAACUUUCACAAAGUUGUGAAGGACCCGUCCAAGAACGUCUUCGUCAUGUUCUACGCCCCGUGGUGUGGCCACUGCAACAACAUGAAGCCGAUGUGGCUGGAGCUGGCGGACAAGUACCCCACCGCGGAGGACGUCAUCAUCGCCCGCAUCGACGCCAGCGAGUACCGCGGCAUCGCGAAGGAGUUCGACAUCCGCGGCUUCCCGACACUGAAGUUCUUCUCCAAGAGGGACAAAUCAGGUGAAAUCGAGUAUGAUGGCCCGCGCGAGCUCUCCGCCUUCGUGGCGUACGUGGCGACCAACAAGCAGUGA